GCACCGGAUUACAGGGUUUCUAACGGAAAACAGAAAGAACAGGCUUUCACUUGCUUUUUAGGAUCAGAUCGUGUGCUUGGUCGUGAGGGAUUUCACUGUACCAACAACAAUUUGCGAUAAUUUCUCUGGUGGCUUUGGAACUUACUUUGUGUGUCUAAAUACGGCUGCGACUGCAUGCUUGAAAUAGUAACAAUUACAUUAUACGGAACAAUUGGACGACGAAAUUAACUAUAUGGAUCAAUUUGAAGGACUCGUGGAUGAACUACGUUUUGCUGUGCAAACUACACAACCCGCCGACUUACUGAAUUUUUGUGCAGACUUUUUCAGAAGAAAACUUGCUCAGAGAGACCAGAACGGCAACAAUAGCGCGUCAAAGGAUGCAAUGGAACAAGAUGAAGUCAACAUUGGGCCGUUAGCAGCGGCAGGCCCAGAUGAGAUUCUACCAAAUCGGGUACGUGAUAUUUCUAUACAACAAGCAAAUGCAAACAAUCUUUUGCCUUCGGAAAAGGACGCACUUAAGGAGCUGCAGGUGAAGUAUCCCGAGAACUACAAUCUCCUUCGGCGGCAGUCCGUAUCAACCGAGUCAGUGAACCCUAUGUAUUUCUCCCAGCUGCCUAGCCGGACAAAGUAUGCGAAAAAAAGUGACGCUGAAAUCGCGAGUAUGAAGCGCGCCAUCAACAAAAAUUUCUUGUUUAAGAACCUUGAUGAGGAGCACUACACUGAGGUACUGAACCAGAUGACUGAAAAGCAUGUUAAGGAAGCCGGGACGCCUGUCAUUGUGCAGAGCGAUGUCGGUGAUUACUUUUACAUUGUCGCCAAGGGUGAGUUCAAUGUAUAUAAGCGCGAGGAACCGAACAUCACGCCGCAAGAGGUUCUGGCUACAGGAUAUGGCCCGUUGGUGGCUACAAUCCAGCCCGGUGAGUACUUUGGCGAGUUGGCUCUCAUGUACAAUGCCCCUCGCGCCGCCAGUGUCGUCUCCAAAACGCCCGACUGUGUGCUGUGGGCCCUUGACCGCAUCACUUUCCGUCGUAUUGUCCUUGAAAAUGCCUAUCGCCAACGAAAAAUGUACGAGAGUCUGCUUGAGGACGUGCCUAUCCUUUCAAAACUGAGCAACUACGAACGUCAAAAGAUUGCCGAUGCUCUACAAACGGUAGUUUACCCCGAAGGCAGCAUCGUUGUGCGUCAGGGCGACGAAGGUGAGAACUUUUACCUUAUCGAGUCUGGCGAAGCCGAGGUGAUCAAAGAAGGCCAAGGCGUCAUCGCUAUUCUGACUAAGGGCGAGUAUUUUGGCGAGCUUGCUCUUAUUUACAAAACCGUCCGGAACGCUACUGUUCGUGCUCGAACCCGCCUCAAAUUGGCCACGUUUGACAAGGCUGCGUUCAAUAGACUCUUGGGCAACGUCAUCGAUACAAUGCGGCACCAACCUCGGGCAGAAGAGUCGGAGGCGAGAUCUAAUGCCGCACGCAUAAUGGUUCAAGAGUAGAUAAUGUUUGUUGCUGAAUGAUGCAAACAUACUCGAAAAGCCUUCAUGCGAAGGUCGCCGCAGCCCAAGGUGCCCUUCAAAGAGAGGCCUUCAAUUGUGUUUGAAUAUGACUUUUGCUAGUUUAAGAAAGCAGGGUUGCGGGUAAUUAAAGACGGCAGAGGGCGUAUUGCAUAGCCGCGAGUCUUGUAUCAUUCGCAUCCAUCCGCCUUUAUGAUUUGAAAUCAACUGUCUUUGAUGGAAGGGAAAGAGAACCGAGAGCUGCAAACCUCGGGUUCCUCCUCGAUUCAUUGAUACUACAGAGUGCCUGUCUAGCCUACUUACUGCUUCACUUCACCGCACUUUUCGAUCUCGACCUUGCACUGAGGCUGACCACUAGGGGAGCCCAGGGACUCGAUGGCGCGGACGACGUCCAUGCCCUCUUCAACCUCGCCGAAGACGACGUGCUUGCCAUCGAGCCAGUCGCAAAUGGUGGUUGUAAUGAAAAAUUGGGAGCCAUUGGUGUUUCGGCCGGCGUUAGCCAUGGACAACAAGCCAACACGGUCGUGCUUGUGCUUGAAGUUCUCGUCGGGGAAGUACUUUCCGUAAAUGGACUUUCCACCGGUUCCAUUGUGGUUGGUGAAGUCACCGCCUUGGAUCAUGAAGUCGGGGAUGAUACGAUGGAACGUGGAGCCUGCAUAGCCAAAGCCUUUUUCCCCCGUGCACAGGGCGCGGAAGUUCUUGGUGGUCUUUGGCACCGACUCAUCAAACAACUUGAAAACGAUUUUGCCCAGAGGCUUGCCGUUAGCUACGUUUAUGAAAACAUUGUCAGUGGUUGUUUUAUCGGGAUAAGAGUAACAACGUCGUGUGUUCCGGUGGAGAGACGACGGACUUACCGACACACUGGAAAAACACCUUGGACAUUUUUGUUAAUAGCGAUGGUGGUGGUGGUGGUAAUAGCGGUGGUUCGUGGGGCUCUCGUUAG